CCGCCGGUUGCCGGGGAGCUGCCGCCCAGGCCCGCGGUCUGGGAGCGGGCGCCGCCGAGAGGUACCUGUGAGGGGCCCCAGGACUUCAGAGCUUCCAGCCAUGCAGCAACUGGCCCUGCCCCUACUGGACCACCCCAGGCCUGAAGGGGAGCCGCUGCCCGUUCUCUCCUCUGCGCCUUGCCCGGCGACAUCUGACCACGCAACCCUGACGCUGGGCGUUGCCCGCAGCCCCAGGAGGAGCCGUCUCUGGGGUCGGCGAGGCUGCCACCUUCUGUGACGGCUGACCCCUGGACUAUGCCGUCCAAGCCGGCGGGCCUGGGGCACUCAGAGGCGGUGCCCGAGCAACCCACCGCCCAUGGGCAUCUGCAGCCUGAAGGCAGAAUGCUCAAGGGGCAGCUUCCAAGGACAGACGGAGACCUUGCCCCCUGCCCGGAGGAGCCCCUGCCCACUGACAGCUGUCAAGGCCCAGAGAACAGUGCAGUGCUCCCUCCGAACAUUCCAGCAAACAUCAACAGUGAGAACCCACAAGCUAAGACAAAACCCUUGACCCCAAAGCCGCCGACGAGGCCCAGGCUGGAGAGAGCGCUGUCUCUGGACGAGAAGGGCUGGAGGAGGAGGCGUUUUCGAACCAGCUACGAGGACCUGGCCGCCCGGAAUGGGGCCAGCCCCUCCAGGGCCUCCUCCCAGGAGGAGGCCCCCGGGCCCCCCUCCCCCAGUGGCCCUCCACCCUGCCUGAGCACCUCCUUGCAGGAAAUCCCUCCUUCCCGCAGGGCCCCGGGUGGUAGCCCCUCCUCGUGGGGUAACUGUCUUUCUGGAAUGAUCAGCACUUCCCUGGACCUCCUGCACCGGGAUGGGGCUGCGGCCGGGAGCACCCCCAGGCUGGCCAGCGUGCUUCCCCCACGCCCAGCGCCCGCCAUGGACCGGAACAUGGUCUCCAACUCCCUGCGGACAGCCAACAAGGUGGACCCAGAUCACGCCGACUACAAGCUCCGCCUGCAGACCAGGCUGUUCCGGGCCCACAGCAGCCUGGGCCCCGGCCGGCCUCCGAGCCCCCUGGCCUGCGAUGACUGUUCCCUUCGCUCGGCCAAAUCCUCCUUCAGCCUCCUGGCGCCCAUCCUCGCCAAGGACGUCCGGAGCAGGAGCUACCUGGAGGGGAGUCUCCUGGCGAGCGGGGCCCUGAUGGGGGCGGAGGAGCUGGCCCGGUACUUCCCAGACCGGAACAUGGCCCUCUACGUGGCCACCUGGAACAUGCAGGGCCAGAAGGAGCUGCCCCUAAACCUGGACGAGCUCCUGCUGCCCGCGGAGGCCGACUACGCCCAGGACCUAUAUGUCAUCGGGGUCCAGGAGGGCUGCUCUGACAGGCGGGAGUGGGAGACGCGCCUGCAGGAGACGCUGGGUCCACACUACGUCAUGCUCUACUCGGCGGCCCACGGGGCGCUUUACAUGUCCGUGCUCAUCCGCCGGGACCUCAUCUGGUUCUGCUCAGAGGUGGAGAGCUCCACGGUGACCACGCGCAUCGGGUCCCAGAUCAAAACCAAGGGCGCCCUGGGUGUGAGCUUCACCCUUUUCGGCACCUCCCUCCUCUUCAUCACGUCCCACUUCACCUCCGGAGACGGGAAGGUCAGCGAGAGGCUGGUGGACUACGCCAGGACCAUCCAGGGCCUCGCCCUGCCCAAGAAUGUGCCGGACACCAGCCCCUACCGCUCCGACUCUGCGGACGUUACCACCCGGUUCGACGGAGUCUUCUGGUUUGGAGACUUCAACUUCCGCCUGAGUGGGGGGCGCGUGGCCGUGGAGGCCAUCCUGAAGCAGGACCUGGGGGCGAACGUGCCGGCCCUGCUGCAGCACGACCAGCUUACCCAGGAGAUGAAGAAAGGGUCCAUCUUCAAGGGCUUCCAGGAGCCGGACAUCCACUUUCUCCCAUCGUAUAAGUUUGACAUCGGGAAAGACUCCUACGACACCACCUCCAAGCAGAGGACCCCCUCCUACACGGACCGGGUCAUGUACCGGAGCCGCCACAAGGGUGACAUCUGUCCCAUCAAGUAUUCCUCCUGUGCUGGGAUCAGGACGUCCGACCACCGCCCCGUGUACGGCCUGUUCCGAGUGAAAGUGAGGCCGGGGCGGGACAACAUUCCGCUAGCUGCCGGCAAGUUUGACCGAGAACUGUACUUGAUAGGAAUUAAAAGACGGAUUUCCAAAGAGAUUCAGAGGCAGCAAGCACUGAAGAACCAGCACUCCAGCACUGUCUGUACCGUUUCUUGAGGAAGUUUGCGCAGGAGGGUUUGUCACCUACAGCCUGGGAGGAUUUCUGAUCCCAAAGCCCUGGCAGACGGAAGAGGUUGCAGUUCGGGGCGUCUUGCCCUUUUUGGGGUGUGAUGAACCACUCUGUCGGCCGUCCUACCUUCUUACCAAGAGCCCAACAGGAGGCUGUGGCCUGGAGCGAGCACAGCCCUGAGGGACCAGUGUCCCUUCCUGGAGGGAACCAGCCCCUGCUUGUCCGCAACAGUCCUGACACGCCCGCGGAGCCUUCCCUCAGGGCCAGCCGACAGCUCCAGGCGCUCUGGUGGCAAGUCAAACGCCUAGUCGCCUAGUCGCCUAGUCGGGGUUGACCUAGAGCAGCGCGCGCUCUGCAGCCAGUGUUCUGCAGCCGCGCUGACAGACCCUCCCUCACGUCCUGAUUGGUGUCUGCUGCCCGGGCCAGAGUUCGCAGCUGCUCCAGUCUGUAGAUCUGCGUCCUCCCAGCGGCCCUCCUCUCCUGAGCACAGGUGGCCCGGCACCGGGGGAGGCUGCUCAGGGUCGGGUGACCCUGGGGCCUCAGAUCCCACGGGGGCACACCAGGACAAGGCUGAGGCUGAGUCAGUAGAAGCCAACAGGAGGCCAGAGCCAGCCGACCUCCCAGGAGGGAACGCGGUGCCCAAUGCUGGGCUAGGACGAGGAGGGCCCCAGCCAAUGUUUCAGGGCCGCCUCCUGGUCUCGGGGGGCUGGGCUCCCCUCCAGCCACAAAACCACCUCCCUCUCCUGUCCUGGUUUCAGUGACUUCAGACCAUUUGCUCAGCUAACAUCAGCCACAAACGGCGUUCCUGUAAGUGGUGCGUUUCCUGGCCUGAGAAGCUGUUAGAAUGUCGCCACCUCACCAACCUAGGCUGGUGCUCACCAACCACAUCCUGGAUGUCUUUCUUCAAGGGUUUAGGACCCAUUAUUGCUCUUCGCAUCUUAUCCCAUCUCUUGAAAAAAACAUAGGCUUUGAAUGUGGGGAAAGCUAGGGGCAUUCAAUCUAGCCUUUUAAAUUAUUUAUUUUUCCAUAUUUAUAUUUUUAAAUAAAUGCAUAUAUUGAAUCUUAAACUCUUCCUGGCCAAAGAUUGAGUCCUCAAAAGAAACAGUCUGCAUGCACACCCUGUUCUUACAAUGUUCUUGCGAGAAAAGGCAGGAUGUUGCUCUGUGUCCAUCCUCUGCCCCCGGGCAGACGUGAGCCAGAAAGGGGCUUCCAGAGAAGCAAAUACUUCAGACCUGAGGGAAUCGUGAGGAAACGAAAUGACGAUUUCAAAGAAUGGUGUAUCCAACUUUUAUUAGCGUCUGCUUCCAAAAUGUGGAGUGUAAGUUUUAAAGCAAUACACACUCAACCUUUUGAUAUGAAUGGGAGAAAUUCCAUCAAUGAGACGGCACAGCCAAUCCCAUCUAAUGUCAAGAAACUUCAGAUUGUACGUAUGUGUAAAAUUUUGCUCAAACCAAUGUGCCAUGGAGUUUCGAGUUAACUGAAAAUCUGUUUACAGAGAUUUUUGUGGUAAUGAGGCUUGAAAUGAGGAUUUGAAGGACUCCUGCCAGGCAUUCUCUCUGACCCACACCAGGGAAGCGAUGUCAGUGUGACACGGUGC